AUGUUAGCGCCUCUAAUAGCUUUUUUGUGUGUCACGGGUGCCUUUGCUCAGCAAGAUCAAACUCCCAAAGGGCCAAAGGUCACUGAUAAGGCUAGUACACCCUUCUCAAUACUCUUGAUUGAUACAAUGAUUCCAGGUUUGGUUCGACAUCGAAAUUGGAGGCAAAUCAAUCGGUCGUAUAACCAUUGGCCUUUUUGGCAAGACUGUUCCCAAAACUGUCGAAAACUUCAUUGGACUUGCCAAGAAACCUAAGGUUUUGGAUUAUAACACAUUUUUCAAAUUAUUGGAUAUAUUUAUGAAGUCACUUUGUUCUCAUCGUUUUAUAUUUCACGGCUUUUUUAUUAGUGGAAGAAAAUGCAAAACCAAAAAUAAGUUGGGCGUAAUCAAAAUAUCUACCGUUCCCAUGUGACGUUAUGGGAAACAAGCGUAAAAUACAGGAAAUAUUGAAGGCGCAUGUUCAAUGGGUCAUGAGACGAAUCGAUUUCUCAUUUGAAAGAAAAAAAAACGCAAUUUUUCUGUUUCCAUAUUCAAAGUAGUUUCGUGGAAUUCCAAAUAGCCGCCAGAGAGUGAAAAAUAAAACUAAAUUCGGAAAUUCAGAGAUGGUUUUGAAAAUUACUUCGAACACUGCAUGUGCGAGAACGCCGUAGUGCAUGCACACGACACACUACACUUUACGGAAAAAAGUAUACGCCGUCAAAAAAAAGUCGUGAUUUGGUCAUUUGCUCAUACAGCAUUCCAAGCCAGUAAAAUCUCAAAAUAUGCUUCUGUUUUGAAGGGCGAAGGCUAUGUUGGAAGCAAAUUCCACCGCGUCAUCACGGAUUUCAUGAUCCAAGGAGGCGAUUUCACGCGUGGUGACGGAACCGGUGGCAGGUCAGUAUUUGAGAAGAAUUACUGCGCAAUGAUAGAAAGAUCAGAUCGAUCUACGGCGAGAAGUUCCCCGACGAGAACUUCAAACUGAAGCACUACGGCGCCGGUUGGUUGUCGAUGGCCAACGCCGGCAAAGACACCAACGGCUCGCAAUUCUUCAUAACGGUCAAGAAGACGAGCUGGCUGGAUGGUAGACAUGUCGUCUUCGGAAAGGUUUUGUUGCACUAUCGAAUGAGGACUUCUUGGUUUUCUCAGGUGUUGGAAGGAAUGGACGUCGUCAGAAAAGUCGAAAACACGGAGAAAGGAGCCAAUGAUAAGCCGGUCGAAGACAUCACCAUUGUUGCCGCAGGCCACAUCGUCGUAGACCCUCCCUUCGCCGUCGAAAAAUCCGAUGCCAAUUAG